AUGGCAGACGCCCAGCGCGCCCUCACGGCUGCCUUUCCCCCGCCGCCACCAUUCUGGAAACACUUCACGGCGGAGAACAUCGAGAAGUUGGAAAAGAUCAAGAAAGAGUCCGCUGCCACAAAAACCUCUCCCGGCAAGAAAUGGACGCCAAGUGAGCUGCGGGCGCUGGACGUACCGCCUGAGCUUCGAUAUUUGAUCCCACCAGAACCGCCAAAAGAGGGCGCAUAUACUGUCUUUGGAGAGCUGCAGAACCUAUCGACGAAUCUACCCUCCCUAAAAGAACAAGGAAUAGAACAACUCUACCCCGACGCCCCUGCUGACGGCAAAGACGACCAGAACGGCGGCCGAGCCUUGAACCACGCGUACUACCUCCUAAAAAUCAGCAAGUCCCUCUUACUCAACUUUUUAGAGUUCGUCGGCAUCCUCUCUAUCGCCCCCGAAGAAUUCGAAGCGAAACUAGGGGAUCUACGGAAUCUAUUCAUCAACGCGCACCACCUUCUAAAUCUCUACAGGCCGCAUCAAGCACGGGAGUCUCUUAUAUUGAUGAUGGAGGAACAGUUGGAGAGUACACGGAAUCAGAUUCAGGAGAUGGAUGACGUGAAGAAUCGGGUAGAGAGGUUGUUGGAACAGUUGACGGCCGAGGGGCUGGACGCGCAAUCUGUUCCUCAGGAGUUGGGCAAUGAGGCGAAUGCAGUGCAGUUUGAUAGCAAAACUGUGGAAGAGGCGCGGAAGUUGUGGGAGUUGCUGAAUGAUGAGGAUGAGUGA